AUGGCGAUCUAUCAGCGCAAGCAGACUAAGAUUCUCCUCACCUUCAAGGUGCUUCAAUUUGUCAAUCAGCUCCGCCGACGUGUCAGGCCGCGCACUCUCCAUGGCUCCUUCGGUGUCUGCCCACUUGGCGCUGAUGCUCUCGGCCUGAGGGCGAUCAAGAGGAUUCCGAGUGGGCGACCUCGGGCCUGCAGCGUGCGAAACACGACUCCAUUGCAUCACCGCCCGAGGCGUGUUUGCAAAAGACGCAAAAGCAAUGCGAGCGCAUUCGGCACAUCACCGGCACCUCGUGCGGCGGCGUGCAUUGGUUCCGCCGCCUCAGACACGUCUGGCGAGCAGGUGCAACAUCUGCUUAGCUGCGUCGGUGAUCUCAAUCCAGCACACGCGCUUGUGGCCGUUGCGGGCAAUAAUAAGCUCUUUCUCAAACAUCACAAUGCGACGAUCAUCGAGGGCUGCUCUCUGAACCAGACCAUACAGCUCCUGGUCGCUGUCCGGGAAGCCCUGUGUACUUUUGCUGCGUGUCGCUCACAAUAUGGUGACGACUGGCUGUUGGUCCAAAGCCUGGGCAUCGGGCUCGACAUUGACGACACCUUCAUUGCCAACUAUGAGCAUCUCUUGUUGCAACUGCAGGCCGAGCUGGUCCAAGUAUUGGCACGCAAGGCACUGGAAGAGCUGCUGCGCGGGGGCCAUGACAAGAGGCAGCGUAAGCUCCUGGCUUGGUUCACCGAAUUCGCAGAGAAGCCACGGCCGCUCAGCACGACGUUUCCAUGGACCAUCAAGGCUUCGCUUGCGGUCCUGUGGGGUGUGUGCUGGAUGUUUUAUGACCGCGACUCCAGUGAGCACGAUGCAAAGGCCGACACGCGGGUGCGACAAAACCGACUGCUCGAACAGCUCGAUCUCUCCAACAAUGUGCCAUGGAGCGCUCCCGCGUCGUCCGACUUGCUAAUUUGGGAAGACCGCAACUUUGGCUUGGAGCUGAUUGGCCAGCAGCCGCAACACACCAUGCAGCAGGCAGAUCAAGCCAUCGUGACCGCGGGGCUUCAAGAUGUGUUCCAGGCACGAAACACGGAAACAUGGGAGUCCGAUCACAGCCCUUUGGGCUUUAGGCUGCCGAGCCAUGAGGAUGUUGGAGCGAUGGGCUUGAUGCGCUAUGGUCAAGCACCGCCCCAGAUGCCUGUACCCCACAAUCCAAUCAAACACGAGCGGACUUCCUCGAUCGCAUCCGUCUCCAACAUUCUUACGCCCAUCAGCAUGUCCGGACCUCGCUCACCACUGCCAUCCCCGACCGCUGGCGAACGACCACUCGUUCCCACCACCCCUCCAACACACAGCAUAAACGACUCAGAAGAUCGCUCUUCGCCAGACGGGGAAGACGACGGAUCGCUGCGGAAGAACUUCAGCUACAAACGGGCCGAAGAACCCCCGAGAAACCAAGAAGGCAAGAUGACCUGCAGGCAUCAUGAAUGUGCGGGGGUCUUCUUCGAUCGCAAAUGCGAGUGGAGCAAGCACAUGGACAAGCAUGACCGCCCUUACAAGUGCAACGUCAAGGGCUGCGAGAAGCUCCAAGGGUUCACCUACAGCGGCGGACUGCUGCGCCACGAGCGUGAAGUCCACAAGAUGCACGGCGGUACCAAGAAAUCUCUCUUCUGUCCCUUCCACGACUGCAAGCGCAGCUCAGGCGCUGGCUUCACCCGGAAAGAGAAUCUCGCUGAGCACAUCCGCCGUGUGCACCGUCGCACCAGCAUGUCUGCUGACAUGCACGGCCUCAUCAUCCGUCGCGAAACCACGAUGGAUCGCUCGCCCAUCCCAGAGUCACGCCAUGCAUCAGAGUCACCGUAUGUACGCACCGUUGACUACCGUGGCGAUGACGAUGAUAUGAGUCUGAAGCGCAAGCGAGGCUCUGACUCCGUUAUUUCAGAGCGCGAUAGCGAGGAUCUGAGGUCGGAGGUCAAGCGCCUGCGACAAGAGAACGAAGAGAAGGAUUCAAGGUUACGACAGCUCGAACAGGCCGUCAUGGCGCUGCAGCAUCAGACGCGCAGGUAA